AUGGAUGAGUUUAUCGCGGAAAAUGUUCUGAAAGCAAUUGACUCCAUGUAUGGCCAAAACCCACUUCCAAACUACAAAGAACUUGAUUUAUGGCUCAAAUCAUUUCAAAAAGCCACAGUUGCCUGGGGAAUAAUCGGCCAACUUUUACUUCAAGAAAAUUUAUCUGAGCCAGCCUAUAUCUUUAGCGCCCAAACGCUAAAAACAAAGCUUUCCUUUGACUUCGAAGAGCUGAAAAACACAGACCUUGCCAGCUUCAAAAUUAACCUGCUCAGUCUCUGCACAAGGUUCGUGGACAAUACCCGUGUGAUGCGGCAGCUUGCCUUGUGUGUAGGAAUUUUAGGCUUACACUUAGUAGACACAUGGGGUCCUGCCAUGUUCGCUGAGCUUUAUGCAGCUUUUCGAGACAAGCCAGGACUGAUGCUUGAAAUUCUGAAGUGUAUGGCUGAAGUGAGUAGUGAUGAAACAAUAGUAGCUGACCAAGACACGAUUAUUAAGUAUAGAAAUUUCCCAUAGAUGGCGCUGUUUGCCCUUGAUUUGCCCAUGAGGAAAAUUUUUUGGUUUGACCAAACCAUAUGGUACUGGUCGAACCAAAAAAUUUCCCCAGUGGGCAAAUCAAGGGCAAACAGCGCCAUCUAUGGGAAAUUUCUAUAUAAAAAAUUUACUUAUAAGGAACUCAAGUGACGUGCUGGUAUUUUUACAGUCCAUGCCGAAUGAGUUUUUAGUUUCCAUACUGGAAACAUUUUUAGAGUGGCUACAGCUAGGUCUUGAGCCAAAUGUAGUUAAUGAGCUGCCAAAAAGUCAGCUUUUACCGAUGUGCUUUGGAGCAUUAAACUCGCCAGUACACUUUCAAACUGCAGCUGGAAUUAUUUGUGAACUUAUCAGAGCCACUGAAGAUUUUACUAAAUAUCAAGACACUAUUACACUUAUAGUGAACCAGGUACUUUUAUUAACUCCCCCCCUCCGUGAGUGAACAAAAUAUUUUUGUUCACUCACGGAGGGGUUUAAUUUUUUUUUUUAAAAAAAAUUUAUAUAUAAAAAUUUAUAGAAAAAUUGUUUUUUUCGAAAUUUAAAAAAAAUCCUAAUUUGCAAAAAUUGGAGAGCAAAUAUUAAUUUAAUUUAUAAAAUUUAUGUUUUAAAAAGCAAUUUGUUUAAAAUUAAACAGAAUUAGCUCUAGAUUUCAUUAUACUAAUUAUCACUUAUAUAUCAAAAUUUUUUUCCAUAAAAAAUUUUUUGUUCACUCACGGAGGGUGGGUUUUUGGGCAAAAAAUAGCGAUUUUUCUAAUGGUUUUGUUCACUCACGGAGGGGGGGGGAGUAAGAGAAAAAGCUUUAGAAGCGAUAAGGUUUAAAGAUACAGAAGCUGUUGAAGGGUAUAUCAAAAUUUUUACAACGCUAGGGAACACACAUAUAUUGCUAAUUAUUAGAGGACAAUCAGAUGAACUAUUACAAAUUCUGAUUGAAAUGCUUAGGGUUGAGUCUUAUGAAGGGAUUAAAGAUGUGACUAAUUUUUGGCAUAAGUUGUGCAGAAAUUUCAGACGAGCGCUAAAUGUAGAAGAACAAAGUGUAAAAAAGGAGACUUUAGCUCCGUUUAUGAUGAGAAUUUUACAGAUUUGUAUUCUUCAAUGCAAGCUGGACGCAGAGCUGCUUUAUUCUUGAACCUGAACUUAAAUUAGCAGAUGGUAAUAGCCUAGUUUUAUCGAAGUCACUGAGGAUGUCCAUGAGAGAUCCGACCGCUUUGAGACUGUGCCUUCCACCAGGGAUGACGGUGUCUCCUCCUUUCAGAGUUGAGUGGAUAGUCUUUGGACUUCUUAAACGCAAAAAAUCCGAAAAUGGAUUUUCAGGUCUCAUGCUGGAGAAUUUGCCCAUUUGGUCUAGGCAAUACCUAUAGACCUUGCUGGGCAUCACCUUUCCUCCGAGUUUCGUUCCCCUUGAUAUAAAAUCCAACCCUGAAAGUGGACUAUUGCUAGGCUCAAUAAAAUGCUAGAGUUACUUACCUACCAUAGCUAUCCUUUUUUGAGCUUGCAAAACCUUACUAGAUAUAAUUUAAAUAUGAAAUCUCAGUGCUUUGAGAUCUACUAUGCCGAUUUCCUUCGAACGCAUAUUUAAAUUAUCAGCUACUUUAUUCAAUUAUUCCAGGCAAAAAAUUAGAUGAUGAGAUUGAUGAUAAAAGAUAUCAUUUGUCUGGGGCAAUCCAAGACAUUUCAAUAGUUCUUGGUGAAGCCAAAACUGUUCAAAUUUUGCAUGAGAAUUUACAACAAAUUUUUUCAGAAAAUUACAAUGAAAGCGAAAGGGAAAAAUACUGUCAAAUUGAAGCUAUUGCUGUCUGUUUGCAAGCUUUAAGUGAAAUAUUGCCAGAAGAUAAUGCAGGAGCCCUGCAGCAGCCAAUUAUUUUGCUGACUAGGCAGGUGUGGCCGAUUCUGCAGCUAAAUCUGACUAUUUGUAAGAUGCUGAGUUCUGCUUCUUUGAGAAUUUUACAGGAUUCUUUGUCGACAAUUAUGACUUAUUUGGCUAAUUGCAUGACUCAGCCUGGUACCCACCAUGACUCUGCAGCUGCGUUUCAAGCAAUUUGCCAAGAUAAUUCUUAUUUGCUUGUUCAACAUGUCGAUUCGUUGUUACAGCUUCAUACAGCUUCUCAUAAGAUGCCAGAUUUUUCACAAGAAAAAAUAUUAGAAGGAGUUUCAUCAGUAGUUUGAAGAUGUGAAGACCAUACAAAAAUCCUUGAAUUGUGCAGUUACUAUGCGACUGAAUUAAAGAAUAUUACCCAGCAAGAACAACCAAAUGAAGAAGUGUUUAAUGAAAAUUGUGAUAAGCUAGCUAUUAUACUAAAAUCAUCUGCGAGCAGCGAAGUAAGCAAAGAAGGAGUCUAUAUAUGUUAGGAUAAAUCAAUAUUAGUCUAAAUAGAUUAGAGGCCGAUUUUUUUAUUAAUUAUGAUAUUGACUUAUAAUAUUAUUGUGGCAUUUACCCUGCUCCAUGAGCGAAAAAAUUAAUAGAGCAAUUUUUAUUAAAAAUAAUUUGAAUACAAGUAAUGACGAUUAUUAUUAAAUCUCUGCUAAUCCUAGUAAAUUUAAAAGUUUGCACUCUAAAGCAUAAAUUUUAUAGAUUACCUUAUUUAAGAUUUCUAAAAAAAAUCAAUUAAAAUAAAUUCCCUCCAGUGACUUUUAAAAGUUUUUCUCGGAAGGAGUUAAUAAAAACCUUAUACAUUUUCUUCAAAGAAAUGUGGCCAGUUCUCAAACGCUUAAUUGAAGUUUUCCAAAACAGCCCAGACGCAAUAGAAAGGAUAUGCCGAAUCAUCAAACACUCAAUGAAAAAGCUAAAAGAAAGCUUCGGCGAAUUUUUAUCUGACUUCUUACCAAUCAUUUCCAGCCUCUUUCAAACAUACGGGCAUUCAUCAUAUUUAUAUAUGACUGAAAAUCUCGUAAGAAUUUUCGGAGGUAAGCAAGAGUAUAAUGAGCUAUUAAGCCAAGUUUUCAAUACCCUUUCACAGUCAGCCCUUGCUAGAAUAAAUUCAUACGAAGCAAUGGUAAACAGCCCUGAAUUGACAGAAGAUUUCUUUGGCAUGGUCAUCAGAUAUCUGAAUUAUUGCACCCACUCUACUAUAAACUCCCCAUCUUUUCAGAAUAUUAUUAAUACUGCUAAAAUUGGAAUCGGUCUCCAACAUGGGGAAGCUGCAAAAUGCUUAUACGGAUUUCUUGAAGUUUUGGCUGAUUUGGCUGAUGAAAAACAUUAUAGGUAUAUACCAGAAGUCGAAGAGAUUUGUCUGGUACAUUAUGGAGAAAUUCUGAGGAAAUUGAUAGGUGCUAUAAUCCAAGUCAUGCCAUCAGAAAUUUAUGACUGCAUUUCUGAUCUCUGUUAUAAGAUUUUGACUAUUUUUGAGGCAUCUGAAUGGCUGAAAGAAGCUUUGGUGGGAGUUCCGCAUGACUGCUUGACCGAGUCUGAGAAACAAAAAUUUGUCCAACAAAGUGCUGACUCACAGUAUGUUAAUGAUUGGCUGCAUAAAUUACACAACAGGGCCAAGCAGAGAGCUCUUAGGACAAGAUAA